AUGUCUGUCACAGAAACAGUGUCUAGAAAUCAAGCCACAUCCCAGCAAAAACAUCUACAAAUUGCAAACCAACAAACAAACCCACUGGCAGGAUUCCCGGAGUUUACUUGCUUCAAGCUCGUUCAGAGCGAUGGCGCCGAAUUGAAGCUCAAGUUACAAUGCAAACAGAAAGCCGAUAUGGACCCAAAAUCAUUGAAAUGGGCAUUCAAACUAGCCGAACGCAACGUAAAACCUCAAUACCUAGCAUGUAGCUUAGGUUGGCAGCCGAAAAUUAAGCAGGUAGAUUUAAACAAGCAAUGGGCACGUUACCUUGUAGCCACGGAUGCUGCCAGCAAGAAACCGGUGGCAUACACCAUGUUCCGGUUUGACCUCGACUACGGGCGCAGCGUAUUAUACUGCUAUGAGUUGCAAGUUGAAGCUGAAUUUCAGCGCAAAGGACUGGGCGCAUUCAUGAUGAAGGCCUUGGAACAGAUGGCACGACACUUUUCCAUGGAAAGAGUUGUGUUGACGGUUCUGAAGAAUAACGACGAUGGUAUGCGGUUCUACAGAAGGUUAGGAUACGACAUUGACGAGAUGUCUCCUGGCAAAGAAGAAGAUGCUGCCUACGAGAUAAUGAGCAAGGGAAUGUUUUAA